UCAAAAUUCAUUCACGUCUACCAAGCUUUGUUCAACUACAUUCCAAUGACGACAAACCGAUCGUCAUCGCUCGCCGAAGACUUAAGUUUAAACACAGCAUCUGCACAGCUCACGCCGAUAACGUCCAAAAAGCAGAGUCGUGAAAUUUACCGACACGUCCGCAUAUACAAAACAUCGACUUCUGGUUCGCCCUUUUAUUGUGACUCGUCAGACUGCAACAACGAGUGGACGACUUGCCACUGUCCACUGAUAUCACACGUCGCAGUGGUACGGAUUUUCACCUGUGUGCGUCCGCAGAUGAUUGGUCAAACUGUUACUUUGGGAGAACGUUUUAUCGCACACGUCACAUUCGUAAGGUUUUUCACCAGUGUGCAUCCUCUGGUGUUUGAUCAGAUUGCACUUCUCAGAGAACGACUUGUCGCACACGUCACAUUCGUACGGAUUUUCACUUGUGUGCGUCCGCAGACCGCAGGUGACCGGUCAAAUUGUUAG